AUGCCAAAAAUCGCCUGCAAUGAACGGGUCGACGUCUAUAUUAGUAUACAGUCGCGGUCCAUUCAGGCAGAUAAGCCGACGAAGUGUGUUUUGUUUGCGCAGUUCAUUUGCAAGACACCGACGACGAUUCGCUUGAAGACUCCGUUAUCAGGUGGAACAUUUGGAAAAACUGCGAGUGUACCUAAUAAUCAUAUCACGACCUGGGCUUUCUCGGACAGUCGGUUGGUGACCGAUAACAUUGUGAAACUGAGCGGCGAUGGCUGUUUUUCGAUGGCGAAUGCGUCGCCGCGGACGGUUUUCGUUCGCCUCCGAAGUGCGCAGGCCGUUCCUGAUGCGGUGACCGGCAGCGCAGAACCGACCGUGGAUCCCGAUUGGGCCGACGCUCUGCCGUACGAAAAGAUUCCCGGGCCGGGCAAUUUUACCAUGAUCAGGUAUUUUGCUCCUGGAGGCCCCCUUCAUAACGUUUCGCUGGUGAACAUUCAUGAAUUUUUCCGUGAAAAAUAUGGCGAUCUGCUGCGUAUGCCGGCAGCGUUCGGCCGUAAAGAAAUAUUGCUUAGCUUCAACCCGGAUGAUUAUCAGAAGCUGUUCCGAGCGGAUGGGCAGUGGCCAAUCCGCCCGGCCCUGGCCAGCUUCGUGUACUACCGGAAGAAGCUACGGCCGGAAGUUUUUCAUGGCUUGGGUGGUCUGGUAUCCGAACAAGGAGAACCCUGGCAAACGUUCCGUACAGCGGUCAAUCCCGUGAUGAUGCAGCCAAAAGUGAUCAAAUUGUAUGUGAACAAGGUGGAUGCGGUUGCUAGAGAGUUUAUGGAAAUUAUGAAGAUCAUAAGGGACGAUAAAAAUGAACUUCCUGCCGAUUUCAAUCAGUGGCUAAAUCGUUGGGCUUUGGAAUCGAUGGGGGUUUUGGCUUUGGAUACCAGACUUGGAGUUCUGGGCGAGCAACUUAGCGAUGAAGCUGAACAUAUAGUUACGAGCAUCCGUAAAUUUUUCGAACUUACGUAUCACUUAGACAUAUUGCCAUCAAUAUGGAAGGUUGUAAAAACACCGAAAUUCUAUCAGCUGAUGAACACUCUCGAUGAUCUUACGAGACUGGUUAAGAGUAAAGUUGAUGACGCAGUUGUGCGAUUAGAUCAAAACCCAUCAGUUGGUAGUGAUAAUCAGAGUGUACUGGAGAAACUACUGAAAGUCGAUCGAGAUAUCGCGGUUUUGAUGGCGUUUGACAUGCUUCUAGCUGGAGUUGACACAACUUCAUCUGGAACCGUUGGAAUCCUUUAUUGCUUAGCCCUGAAUCCAGACAAACAAGAAAAACUACGCGAGGAACUUCGCACGAUUCUCCCAAACAAGGAUUCUCCGCUAACACCGGAAAACAUGCGAAACCUCCCAUAUCUUCGAGCAUGUAUCAAGGAAGGUAUCCGUGUGUGUCCACCAACGGCUGGAAAUCUUCGUGCCGCUGGAAAGGAUCUGGUUUUGCAAGGUUACAAAGUUCCAAAGGGGACUGAAGUUGCGAUGGCGGCGAUGUUGCUGCAGAAGGACGAAAAAUAUUAUUCACGGGCAAAGGAGUUCAUACCGGAGCGCUGGCUGAAGGAAGAAACGGACGGUUGUCCUGCCGGAAAGAACACCCACCCGUUCGUGUAUUUGCCGUUUGGUUUCGGCUCUCGGACCUGUAUCGGCAAGCGAAUGGCCAAUCUGGAGAUGGAAAUUAUCGUUGCCCGAAUUACGCGCAUGUUCGACUACCGUUGGAAUUACGGUGAGCUGAAGAUUCGCGCAGCCGUGGUGAAUAUUCCGGAUAGCGAGCUGAAGUUCGAAGUGAGGGAAGUCGAAAAGUAAUACUUUAUAGGUAUCGUUUAUCAUUUGAAAAUUAACGAUAAAUGUUGUUGUAUUUAUUAACCGGUAACAGAUAUUUCAAAA